AACUUUCAUUUUAGAACUAUGGCCAAUUCCACCCUAGUGACUGAGUUCCUCCUGGAGGUUUUUGCUGAGACAUGGGAGCUCAGGAUCCUACUCAGUGUGCUGUUCUUGCUGGUGUACCUGGGCAGCUUAUUAGGGAAUCUUAUCAUCAUCAUUGUUACUACAGUUGACCAGACCCUGAAGAAGACACCUAUGUAUUUCUUCCUCAGAAAUCUGUCCAUCUUAGACAUGUGUUACAUUUCCAUCACUGUCCCCAGUACCUGUGUUAACUCUCUCACUGGCCACAGGAAUAUUUCUGUGGCUGGGUGUGCAGUACAGAUCUUUUUGUUCUUAUUUUGUGCAUGUGUAGAGAUUCUGUUUCUCACCAUCAUGGCCCAGGACCGCUAUGUGGCCAUCUGCAAGCCUCUUCUCUACCAUGUGAUCAUGAACCACCAGUUCUGUGUUCAGAUGACACUAGCUUCCCUACUUAGCUCAUUUAUCCUUGCAAGUGUGCACACUUUCAAAACUUUUCAGCUGUCCUUCUGUCACUCUAACUUAGUCCCACAGUUCUUCUGUGAUCUGCCUGCUUUGCUGAAGCUUUCUUGCUCUGACACCUUUAACAACAAACUCUUAAUACUUCUGUCUGACAUUGGACUCAGUGGUAGUUGCUUUGUCUUUAUUGCCAUAUCAUAUACUCGCAUAUUAUCAACUGUAUUGAAGAUUCCCAUCAAAGGAGAGAGAGGGAAAGCCUUUUCUACCUGUGUCCCUCACAUUAUUGUGGUGUCUGUCUUUCUUAGUUCUGCUGCCUAUGUGUAUCUAAGACCUCCAGUAGAAUCAUUUGAAGUAGUUCAGGAAAUGAUUAUUUCUGUAUUUUAUACUAUGGUUCCACCAUUCUUAAACCCUAUCAUCUAUAGUCUUAGAAACAAACAGAUAAAGGAGGCUGUGAGGAAAUUUACACUGCAAGUUUUUCCCGUAUUUGAAUAUAAAAUGAACAUUUAUUUCUCUUGGUACUUCAGAGGAAAAGAACUGAUAAAAUAACAGAAAAUUAUAUACAAAUACACAAGCAUGCAUAAACACUUAUACCACAACAUUUU